CGAAAUAAACGACGAUUUGUCAAACAUUGAUUUGCAGGAUUGCCGGAAAAUUCUGACGAGAUUAUUGAAAUAUCCGCCAUCUCAGAUCAAAGAUGCAUCAUUAUGUCAAAUGAUUGAAGAUGUUCGUACACAAAGUCGGAAUUUUGAAACCUUAACAAAAUCCAGCACUCUUAAUAGUUCCAAAAUGGCUCAAACAGCUAAAUACAUUAUCGCAGAUUUACAAAAGUUUCAACAUGGUGAAUUAGAUCUUGCCGACACGCUGGCAUCUACCGAGGUUAGAGUAACCAAGAUAAUGGAGAAAUGUCAUCUUUUAAUGAAUGAUUAUGACAAGAUAGCAAAUAGUUUUUAUCGAAUUUCUAAAGAUUUAAGGGUUCAAAAUUCAAAGAUACAAUUGAUGUUGCAUGAAAUAAAAACGAAAGAGUUGAAUGAUAGAAUAAAAGCAGCUAAGAAAGGAUCUCUCACGGGGUUAGGAAUCGGUACAUUGACAGCUAUUCCAGUUGCAAUAUGUAUUUCGCCUGUGGACAGUGGCGUAACCUUGGCGACAACCUUGAUAACUGGAGGGAUCAUAGGAUUGGCGUUAGAGAAGAGUGGUAAUGAAAAUGAUCGUAAAUUAGGAUAUCAAAAAAAAAUUCUACAGGAAGAUCAGAAAUUUAUCGAAUCGGUUGUCAAUGAUAUCGAGGAAUUUCAACGUAACGUCAAAAUAUUUGAAAAUCUUUGGCAGCAAUACCAUGAUCGCAUUUCCGAGAUCCGAAAAAUGGGUUUUACCUCACAAGAAAUUCCCCAUAGCUGGGACGGACCGGCAAUUCAGUCAAUGUGGACUCAAGUAAAGAACGCAUUUGAAAAUUAUAGCUGCAAUGUUAUAUUGGAUUCGUAA